CCUCGCUGGGGUGGGCUUGUUUGUGUCUCUGAUCGACUCGCUUCCCUCCUUCCUCUUCUGUCCUGAGUGGCUGGGAUUUGGGGAAUUUUCACAAACAUCCUAGCGAUGUGAAGAGGAAGGCAUUCCAGGGGCUGCCAUGCAUUCCCACCCCACCCCCACCCCCUGUCUGCGGAGCCCACCCCCUCUCUGCUCAGCCCUGGAUUUUCUUGCAUUUGGAACGAUAUUUUUUCCCCCACAUGCCACCGUCUCAAGCCAGGUUGGAGCUACAUGGCUUCCCACCAGCUGCUGUUGGGUCUGCCUUGGCCUUGCCUGCAAAUCCUGCAAUAUCGAGAGAUCGAUUGUGGCCCUGGCUUUGCGGGGGACCCUCCCGCUCACACCUGGCUCUGGCUCUCUCCCUCGCUCCAGGCUUGGCGUCCAGGUCUUCUCCCAAGAAACCGCGCGGCCGGAACAUUUUCAAGGCGCUUUUCUGUUGCCUCCGCGCACAGAAUGUCGGGCAGUCGGUCUGCGGAGGGGAGCGUGUGCUGCGCAAGGAGGAGGCCAGCACCAUCGCCAAGUCGGACCUGCUGCAGUGUCUUCAGUACCAGUUCUACCAGAUCCCCGGGACAUGCCUGCUCCCCGAGGUGACCCAGCAGGACCAGGGCAGGAUCUGCGUGGUGAUCGACCUGGACGAGACGCUGGUGCACAGCUCCUUUAAGCCCAUCAACAAUGCGGACUUCGUCGUGCCUGUGGAGAUAGAGGGGACCAUGCACCAGGUGAGCUGGUACGCCGACCCGGUGACGGACCUGCUGGACCGGUGCGGCGUGUUCCGCACCCGGCUCUUCCGGGAGGCCUGCGUCUUCCACCAGGGCUGCUACGUCAAGGACCUGAGCCGGCUGGGUCGGGACCUGCGCAAGACGCUGAUCCUGGACAACUCGCCGGCCUCCUACAUCUUCCACCCGGAGAACGCGGUGCCCGUCCAGUCCUGGUUCGACGACAUGGCGGACACGGAGCUGCUCAACCUCAUCCCCGUCUUCGAGGAGCUGAGCGCCGCCGAGGACGUUUACACCAGCCUGGGCCAGCUGCGGGCGCCCUAGAGCCUCGGACGGCCCCUUUCUGCAGGGGACUUUCACUCAGUGCCUUCGCUGCCGCCCGGGCCGCAGGGCGGAGAUCUCAGCCCGGCCGGGCGGCCCCCCCGCACUUGGACUCAUAAACAGGGCUCUUGACUUGACCGGUGGCCGCCG